AGAGGUCAAGUUGUGACAGAGUCUACACAUACAACGAAACAUGAGAGGAGCGAUAUUAUGGUUACUUGGGGUAGCAGCAGUGGCUUCCCUGCCGCUGUCGGACCCCCCCACACGCAACAUGGAGGACCUUAUGCAGCUGAUCCUCGACGCACGACCUGCAGACAACGACCUUGAAGGAGACGUCAUCGAAGUCCAUCCUGAGGCAGAGGCCCUGAGUGUGCCGGUAACCACGCAGUCGUCCGUCAAUGUGACCUCCAAGGUGCCCAGCGACCCGGCUGGCACUGUGCCUGCCGAUGAUGCUUCUACCCCUGUCGUAACUACGCCUGAACAGGAACAGGUGCAGCAGCAGCAGGUAGCGGAGGAAGACCAUGGACAGGUAAAUGAACAAGAGCAGAUGCCCGAAGACGCAGAACAAGUGCCUGAACAAGAACUUGCGCUCGAGCAGGAACAGCAAGUGCCUGAGGAGGUGACGUUACCCGAGCAGGAACAAGUCCCCGAAGAGGUACAACAGGUUCCCCAGCAGGAGCAGCUCCCUGUCGAGCCGCAGGCGAACCCUCUCGUGCCUGUCCCGGUCCAAGAACCUUCGAGGUUGGAGUACUUCAUCCCUGACACAGACCAAGAACCCGAGAUUGUGUACAUCCCUAUGGUUGACGUUCCUGAAGAGCUUCCUGAAGACGGUCUUGUAGCAGAAGCCCAAGAAGGCGUAGAGGAAGUCGAUGUCCCCGAGGAAUUCCCCGAGGACAUCGCUGACGUCCCUGAAGACAACUUUGAAGAACCUAUGGAUGUUUUUAUUGUGCCUGAAGAAGUGCCUGAGGGCUUCGUGCCUAAAGAGACGUAUGAUGGCCCAGAGGAAAUCCCCGAAGGAAUCUCCGAGAACCCCGAUGUGCCGCAAGGGGCUUUUUAUGUUCCUGAGGAGGCCCCUGAAGAAGUUUCUGACGACCUUGAAUAUAUGCCAGAGGAGGUGUUUGAGGGCUCUGAGGACUUCCCGCAAGAAACGUUUGGUGUUCCUGAAGAAGUCCCUGAAGAAGUUUUUGACAAUUUUGGUACUCCCGAUGAAUUUUCUGAUGGGCCUCAAGAGAUGCCUGAAGAAUUUUAUGAUACCGAAAGGGAAGUUCCCCAGGGAAUCUUCAUUGUCCCUGAGGAUAACUCUGAUACCUUCGAAGACACUUCUGCAGAUAUUUUCGAUGGACCUCAAGAAGCCCCUGAAGCCGAGGCUUCAGCAGGAAUGUUUGAUGCUCCUGAAGAAAUUCCCGAAGGAGUCUUUGGUGUCCCCGAAGAGUUUCCUCAAGAAGUUCCAGAAGGUUUUUAUGAUAUUCGUGGGGAGCUCCCCGAGGACAUGUUUGUCCCUGAAGAAGUGCCUCAAGUCGAUGGCCCCCAAGACAUCCCUGAAGGUCUCUCUGAUGGUGAGUCUCCUGUAGAAAUAAUUGGUAUCUUUGAAGUUCCUGAAGAAGUCUCUGAGGAUGCGUUUGACGGUCCUCAAGAGGCCCCUGAAGGUUUCUUUGAUGCUCCUGAAGAAGCAUAUCCUGAAGCUGGUCCCUUAAUACCUGAACUCGUCCCAGUAAGAGUGUCUUAUAUAAAACAGGAAUUCAUUGAUACCAGGGAGUCAGAAGAGGACUCCGAUGAAGACGAAAUUGUGAAUAUUGAGCCUCAAGAAUACCCACAAGAGGAGACCUAUGACCAACCCAUGGUAUAUUUCGUGCCUCAAAGCGAAACUUUCGUGCCCGAGAAUGCUGACUACACUCCCGAGGAGGAAUACAACUUUGACGGAAUAUCAGGCAUGCAGCAGGAUAUGCCACAGAUGGAUGAAGAGGAGUAUACCCCCGACGAGUCGCCCAUCGCGUCGGACAAUUAUUUUGUCGGUGAGGAACAGCCAGUGAUUGAAGAUGGUGCUUUUAUGCCUGAGGAUGAGAUCUCUAAUGACGAAGCUAUGCCAGGUAAUGAGAACCUCCCUAUGGCAAUGUUCCACACCCCUGAAGGUGAUGUAAUCGUACCUGGGUUCCUUCCAGACAUGUCGGAAGAGACUUCUUCUGAAGAAGAUGUCCCAGAACAGUUCUACCCGCAAGGUGAGGAGUCUGAGGGCGAAGACUUUGCUCCAUUCCUUACCGAGGCUGAUAAUGAGGAGAUGGUUUUCAAGCCCUUCGGCGGGUUGCCUUUCUUCCGUCCUGCUGUGGUGAUGGGCCCAGAGACCGAAGGAGAGGAGGAAUUAGAAAGCGAUGAGUCCAAUGGGCCAUAUGUACCACCGAACUUAGUCGAGAUCGUGGUUAUUGACACCCAAGGCGACCGCAGCGAUAGGCUUCCUCUCCCCUUCGCAGCCCAGCGGCCUUUCUAUGUGCAGAUGCAGCCUGAGCAGCUGCCCGUCCGCCCCAUCACACCCAUUGCCGGAGAGACAUUCCGCCCUGACGAGCCUCUGCUGCCCAUCGCCGAAGAGCCACAGACAGAUGAGUCCGAUCAGCUGACACCCAUUGUGGUCGACAAUCAGACAUUUCUCAUUCCCAAUGAAAAUAACAGCCAGAGAAUAUUUUUUCCUGAGGAUGAGGAGCCCACCCAGAGCCUCCCUGUCUUCCCUGGCCAGUGGGACGAUGAGAAACAUUUUUUUCUACCAAUCCGGAGCGAGGACGAUAGAGACAACCAGCCUCUGACUGAGGAAAAUUUCCCAGAAUUCGAGGAGCAACAACAACCAACUCAAGAAUUCCUUGAGCCAAGUUUCCCUUUCCGCCCACAGCCGCUGAUGAGAAGAACCACAUUUCCCACAGAGGAAUCUCAGGACUACUUCGAUGGCCCACAGACUCCUCAGAGGUUUGGCCAUUUCCACCCCGAGCCAAUCCCUUUCCAGAACGAUGACGACGACGAUGAUGAUGACAUAAUUUACCCUGAUUACGACACGCCAGCCGGACACAACAUCCCCUUCGACUAUUUCAUGCAGUCUCGCUACCCACAGAUGUACGGCGGAAACGACUAUUACCCACAGUCAAUCAACGAGCCUUCCAGGAACACAGAUUUCACCCCACAGAACUACCAGGUAUACGGACCACGUUUCGGAGAACAGAGCAACUUACCUUCUCAGUUCUACCGCGAUUACACCCCUUUCAACUUCAGGACCGCUAUGCCAGCCAGGUCUGCCUACAGGCAAGGUUAUCAGGGCCCUUUCCAAUUUUACUCAGGGCGGAUCGCACCACAGAGCCAGUACGAAACCAACUACGGUUAUCCUUGGAACUAUAACUAUCCUUCCCGCCGUCCUGUGUGGUAGGAAGGAAGGAAGAUAAGUAGACGACAUACUGAGGCAACAACGUGAUAGUGUCUGUCAAACAAUGCAGUAUCAUACACUGUACCCUAAGAACAAAAAUACUGGAAUGUCUUCUGGUGUUGGUAGGAACUGUAUAAACAUAUCUUUGACAACAGUAUCCAGUAAUGAUGUAUUGUUAUAAAGCUAAGACCAUGUCGUUAACUAUUUAUACGAAAGUUAUACUGUAUUUUCGAAGACAGCUGAGGUCGUAAGCAAAGCUAGAGAACACUUUGACGAAGUCGAUUAAGAUUAGAGUUUCUAGACAAUGUAACAUGUCUCAAUGUUUGUGUACCUUGGAUUCGUGGCAUUCAUUACCCUAUUAUUAUAACAUCAUCAAAUGAUGUACAUGUAAUUCUAUAUAUAAAAUUAUAAAAUGUU